AUGGUGCGACCGCGUUCACAUUGCACCGGACUGGUUUGUUCUAUUUCAUUAGUGGAGUUUUCUGGGCACUGCGAGAGAGGCCAGAAGAUGAUCAUCACGGUCUUGGAAUCAGCAAGCCCACCAGAAGAGUAUCGUUCUUCUGCUCGUUCUGGUCAGCAGAUUGAGGUGGGCUCUGUCGUUGGCUUCUGUAGCUAG